CUUCAGGCUUCCGUGCCUCUGCUUUCUUGUUUCUUGGGCUGUGGGGGCUGCUUGCUUUCUUGGCGAUUCAUCGGUCCUAUAAUCACUGUGCCGCUCCUCUGGUUUCUUGAUUGGCUGCCGGAGGCUGGGGGAGACCGGGAUCCGCCGUGGUGGCGGCCGGCAUGGGGCCCGAUUUGGGGGCGCUCGCUCUCAGGUACACGGGGCUGGCGGUGUCGGACCACGACUCCAUCGUCGCCAUCAACAUCUUCAUCGCGCUGCUCUGCGGCUGCAUUGUCUUCGGCCACCUGCUCGAGGGGAACCGCUGGGUCAAUGAAUCCACCACCGCGAUCGUCCUGGGGCUCAUCACCGGUGGUGUCAUUCUGCUCUGCACCAAGGGGGUGAAUUCGCGCAUUCUUAUCUUCAGCGAGGAUAUUUUCUUCAUCUACUUGCUCCCGCCCAUCAUAUUUAACGCCGGGUUUCAAGUAAAGAAAAAGCAAUUCUUCCGCAACUUUGCAACGAUUAUUUUAUUUGGUGCUGUUGGAACAUUGAUAUCCUUUGUAAUAAUCACGCUCGGUGCUAUGGGAUUGUUCAGAAAACUUGAUGUUGGUCCACUUGAGCUUGGGGACUAUCUCGCAAUUGGGGCUAUCUUCUCAGCAACCGAUUCUGUUUGCACCUUACAGGUGCUUAACCAGGAUCAAGCACCCCUACUCUAUAGUCUAGUUUUUGGUGAAGGUGUUGUUAAUGAUGCUACAUCAGUUGUGCUCUUCAAUGCAAUUCAAAACAUUGAUCUUAAUCAUUUUGAUGUCUUGGUUCUACUACAAUUGAUCGGAAAAUUUCUCUACCUAUUCCUCACCAGCACCGUUCUUGGAGUAGCUGCUGGAUUGCUUAGUGCAUACAUUAUUAAGAAACUUUGUUUUGCAAGACACUCAACUGACAGAGAAGUUGCUAUCAUGAUACUCAUGGCAUACCUUUCGUAUAUGCUGUCAAUGCUCCUGGAUCUGAGUGGCAUUCUAACCGUGUUCUUCUGUGGAAUAGUAAUGUCACAUUACACUUGGCAUAAUGUCACAGAAAGCUCAAGGGUUACUACCAAGCAUACCUUUGCAACUUUAUCAUUCAUUGCUGAGAUUUUUCUUUUUCUCUAUGUCGGGAUGGAUGCAUUGGACAUUGACAAAUGGAAAUUAGCUAGUAGCAGUCCUAAGAAACCAAUUGCUUUAAGCGCUGUUAUAUUGGGUUUGGUUAUGGUUGGAAGAGCAGCAUUCGUAUUCCCUUUAUCUUACCUAUCCAACUUAAGUAAAAAAGAGUCACAUCCAAAGAUUUCCUUCAACCAACAGGUAAUCAUAUGGUGGGCAGGUCUCAUGAGAGGAGCAGUUUCAAUUGCACUUGCUUAUAACAAGUAUACAACAUCUGGUCAUACUGCCGUGCGAGUUAAUGCUGUCAUGAUCACAAGCACAAUCAUUGUUGUUCUGUUCAGCACAAUGGUUUUCGGCUUGCUGACUAAGCCUCUGAUUAAUCUCCUCGUCCCACCAAGACCUGGCACUGCAGCUGAUAUCUCAAGCCAGUCAUUCCUAGACCCACUUACGGCGAGCUUGUUGGGGUCGGACUUCGAUGUUGGCCAGCUGACCCCCCAAACAAACCUCCAGUAUCUUCUCACAAUGCCAACUCGCUCGGUUCAUCGUGUAUGGCGCAAGUUCGAUGAUAAGUUCAUGCGCCCAAUGUUUGGGGGAAGAGGCUUCGUCCCAUUUGUGCCUGGUUCACCCAUAGAGAGGAGCGUCCAUGGACCUGGCUUGUUGGGCACUGUGACAGAGGCAGAAAACCGUAGUUAAGUUGAAGCUCAGAAGGUGCAAGUAUAUUUCUUGUAAAUGUUCAGAUAUCACUCAAUUUUGCUCUUGGGAGUUCUUUUGGUGUAUUGUUGCUAUGUGUUGGUGUAUAUUAUGCAGAUAGUUUCUGUAGAACCAUGUAAGCUGUGUAGUUUUCUGGGAGCAAUUCAAGAUGUACAAUUUCAUCUGUAAAAUUCGUUGUUGUUCAGACAGAACAAUCGGAUGGAUGCUGGAUAUUAACAUUCAUGUAUAAAAGGAACUCAGGUGGAAACUAUUAGAAUUUUA